AUGAACCGACCGAGCACCAGUGAAGCCUUAGAGCUGGGAGUGAUACCCCUCUGGUCAGACGACGUGGACCAAGAACACUAUGUCGGAUGGUAUACCUCAGAUAGAAGUCAGUUUCCAAUACAAGGCAGCACCGAGCGAAAGAAAGCACGGGGAUCAGUUUCAUCGACCCAAACCCAUCUAUUCAAAGAUAUCCCAGACAUAUCCGAAGACUCAGUAGCCCAAUGGGCGUUCGAUCAACUACAGAGCAAGGGGGUUACAGACACUUGGGGGGUCCAGUCAUACGAUGAACUCCGAGCCUAUGGCAAGACAGACCCGGGAGCCGACCAGCAGACGGAUCGGCAGUACCAGAACGAAGCGACUGAGGAGACCACCGAAGCUGAUGCUUGGGGAUCAAACAUACCGAAGCGUAUCAAAGGUCUCAACUGUGCGAUUCCAAUCCGCCAAGGCAUCAGAUCCCUUGCUCCAAAGAUCUGCGAUAAUUGCAAAACUACGAAAGGUCGAUGGAUGUGGAAGCCAGGAACUAUUUACGGUGCCGUAAGAACACCUAGCAAGGACGAUGACUACCAGGACUUUGAGGAGGAAGAGGAUGGGAACAACGGGGUAGAGAAUGAGAAUGAAGAGGAGACUUUCAAGGGUCUAAAAAGAUGUCCUAAGUGGUCAAAGCAGGAGCCUUCUUCCCUAAACGGCAAGGAAGAGACCAAUCGCGAUUUGAGUGGAAUCUCGGUCCUGACGCAACCUCGGAAGAUGCCAUUUGGAAGUUUGCAUUGCACCGGUGCUUUUAGGCCCAGGAUAGAGGCUUGGAUGAAGUACCUUUGGAAUGUGGUUAAAGCUAAGCGUGAGCAGAUUCGUGCACGCCGAGGCGCAGUCGACCCCAAAGGAAGGGGUCACCCAUUUUGA